AUGGCGGCGUCGCGAUUCGCAGCAGCCGACCUCAGGCGUCCAGCCGGUUCCUCUCCCAAACCGAAGGGACGCGCUGAACACAAGGAAACGCUCUGCCGGAACGUCCUCAUCUACGGCCACUGCCGAUACGAAGAUCAAGGCUGUACGUUUUCUCACGACCAAACGAAAAACAGCAUAAAUCCUUCAGACAUGUCUCGAAAGGCUCUAAAUGUCGAAUCGCCCUCCUUCACCCCUGCAAACCUGCAAAGUGCCGCGAAAAAGGCCACAUUUUCCACGCAAGCGGCAAAUGCGCCUACUUUCACACCCAGAGGCUUAGCAGCCUCGCCAUCGAUUCCCGCAGACCCGGAGGCUGGCAUUUUCAAUCCCGCUGCCAUACGAGAAUUUACCCCUGGGUUUGACUUGAAUGCACAGACCGCAUCCAACGGAGCCAGCCAUGAUGCGGCCCUCAAUUAUGACCCGUUUUCAAUGAGCGCAGUCGGCCAGAAUCUGCCCAGCGCACCGUACAACCCGUAUACUGAUGAGCACGCGAUUCCUGGUGCUGGUGCAGGCUUUUACCCUGGCUCAAGCGCGUACGCUGCUCCUCUGCAGCCUUUGCAGCACCAUCUAUACGCACCAAUCGGGCCUCAUCGAGAGGAUCUUAUGCCGUACCACCGCAUGGCCCACGAUUUUUUCCUCCCCGAGAAACUGAGGGAAGAAAUGCAAAGGAAAUCGGAGGCUGCUCUGCAAGUCAUGCCAAGCUCGCAACUGCCGCAGAUGGAUAAUUACCACUCCCUCGUGCCACUAGAUACGUCCCACAGAAAGAACGCAAACGUCUUUGGCUACCCCAGCUGGGUUUACAAGGCUACAUCAACCAAGACCGGCAAUGUGUAUUGCCUGCGCCGAUUGGAGGGAUUUCGGCUUUCAAACGAACACGCCAUCAGGUCCGUCAAGGAGUGGAGAAAGAUUGACAAUGCCAACGUGGUAACGAUACACGACGCCUUUACGGCUCGGGUGUUUGGAGAUAGCUCUCUCAUCUUUGUGCAAGGUUACCAUCCCCUCUCGAAAACCCUGGCUGAAGUUCACCUCGGUUCCACUGCCGCAGGACCCGGAAACCGGUUUCAGGCAAAGCCUCCAGUUUCUGAGGCAGUCUUGUGGGGGUACAUUUCGCAGCUUGCCAACGCAUUAAAGUCGAUACACUCUGUCAACCUGGCUGCAAGAUGCAUUGAUGUUACCAAAAUCAUUCUCACGGACAAGAACCGCAUCAGACUGAACGCGUGCUCCAUACUGGAUGUCGUCCAUUUCGAGCUGCGACGACCCAUUCAAGAACUUCAGCAGGACGACUUUACUCAGUUUGGACGUACAAUCCUGUGCCUAGCAACCAGCACCCCCCCCGCCCAACUGACCAACCUGAAAGCCUCCAUCGAGCAAAUGAGCCGGUCAUAUUCCGUAGAGCUCCGAGAUACUAUCAUCUGGCUAUUGACACCGGCCCAGCCUCCCGCGCAAAAGGGAAUCGAGGAGUUCAUCCGCGGAAUCGCCGGCCACAUCGUCACGACGCUCGAUCAAAGCCAGCACCAGGCAGACGAGCUCAACUCAGAACUGUAUCGCGAGCUGGAAAACGGCCGAAUCGCGCGCCUGCUGCUGAAACUCGGCGCCAUCAACGAGCGACCCGAAUUCGAAGGAGACAGAUCUUGGUCCGAAAACGGUGAGCGCUAUAUGCUCAAGCUAUUUCGGGACUACGUCUUCCACCAAGUCGACAGCAAUGGGAACCCGGUACUCGACAUGGGCCACAUGCUGCGGUGUCUCAACAGGUUGGAUGCCGGCACAGAAGAGAAGAUUUGCCUCACGAGUCGGGACGAGCAGACGAGCUUCAUCGUCAGCUACAAGGAACUGAAAAAGCAGCUGGGGAACGCAUUUGGUGAGCUCCAAAAGACAAGCAAGCAAGGAAAGGGGAUUUAG